AUAUAUAUAUCUGCAGUUUUUGUGAAUGGCAAGCUUUGCAAGAACCCAAUGACGGCGAAGCCCGAAGAUUUCUUCUUCUAUGGGCUGGACAAGCCUGGCAACACAUCGAACCCACUGGGCUCCAUGGUGACCACCGUCAACAUGCAACAAAUCCCCGGACUUAACACGUUAGGCAUCUCCUUGGCUCGGAUCGACUUUGCUCCAAAGGGACUGACCCUACCUCACGCCCAUCCCCGUGCAACCGAGAUCCUGGUGGUGCUGGAAGGCUGCCUUUACGUGGGGUUCGUGACCAGCAACCCGGAGAACUGGCUGUUCACAAAGAAGCUGUAUAUACGAGAUGUAUUUGUGUUCCCGCAGGGGCUGAUCCACUUCCAGCAGAACGUUGGAGAAGGAGGUGCUGUGGCCAUUGCUGCACUGAGCAGCCAGAACCCGGGUGUUAUCACAAUUGCUAAUGCAGUGUUCGGGGCAAAGCCACCCAUCUAUGAUGACCUUCUUGCCAAGGCCUUCCAGACCGACAAGAAAGUGACUGACGAGCUGCAGUCUGCGUUCUGGAUGGAUAAUAACAACUAA